UCAAUGGCUUCAAGCUCAGUGGAUGGAGGAUCAACGCUACCAACAGAGGAUUAUGAUUUUUUGAUUUCAACCACUGACGUUGUGCUUCUCAAGCGAGCUUGGCGUAACGAGAAGGCAGCCCCCGAGAUUCUUCGCUUUGAAUCUGAUUUGAUUUCCCGUGUCAGAGAACAGAUUCAAUUGGUGGAAGAAACUGUGGAGGAGAAUUCCACCGGUGGUAGUGACCCACUUUCGGUUUCUUUAUAUCAGAUGGAUUUGGAUAGAACCCUGUUUCUAUUAAGAUCAUAUCUUCGGAUUCGCAUCCAGAAGAUUGAAAAGUACAUGUUCCACAUCCAAAAAACUGAUGAGCUUUGGAACAGGCUAUCUAAAGAGGAGAAAAAUUUCACUAGGAGGUGUACAAAUGACCUAAAACAACAUCUGGAGGAGAAUGUUCUAUCAAAAUUGCCUGAAAAUUAUCAAUCUCUUUUGAAGCAAUCUGUAACAAGUGACGAGGAUGACAUGGUCCCAGAACCAAGACUAGACACAUUUGUUUUAUGUAGAAGUAAAGAAUAUCUGACAGGCAUUCAACUUGAAGAUGGACCUGUUGAUGACAGGUCGAAGCUCUUUGAAAUGGAGCCUGAUGUCCUCUACUUCAUAUGUUACAAAUCCAUAAAGCCACUUGUAGAGAGUGGUAAAAUUGAUCUGCUCUGAAAAGUUAACAAUUUGGAUAUUGAUGCUCUUGAGAUACCGGCUAUUGUUGAUCAUUAUCACGUAUCAACACUGAAAUCUUAUUUCUGGCAUAACUUUUUCUCUGAAUUUUGGUGUAUGGAGCUGAUUCAAGAUGUCAUCAAGAAGACGAAUUCAGGACUUAGUAUAUGGACAAGGCUUAAGGUGGAAGCAUGCGGAUUAAUUAUGUUUCCUUGUUCAAGUGUUUUCUUCACUGUUUGUCGUUGUAUUUGUUCACAGUGCUGUAUUUGUUUUCUUAUA